AUGUGGGAUUGUCACUUCCGUGUUGGUGGCGCCCAAGGGUCGGAUCUUCGUUUCAGCGAUUGUCCUAAGGGUGCUUCUAGCCCGAAUUCCAAAUGUAUCGCAGCCUCGAUGUUGAUGCAUAUAACCAAACAGUCCUCUGGUUACUUCGAAAAUGUCUGGGGUUGGACCGCGGAUCACGAUCUGGACCUGCCUGUGGAAGGAAACACAACAACAUCGACUCAGCUAGAUGUCUAUGCUGGACGCGGCUUUUUGAUUGAGUCACAAGGACCAACUUGGCUCUAUGGCACAUCAGUGGAACACAACGUGCUCUACCAGUAUCAACUUGUUGGAGCACGUGAUAUAUAUCUUGGCUGUAUUCAGACCGAAACGCCAUACUUCCAACCGAAGCCUCAGGCCAGUAAGCCUUUCACCAUUGGUCGUUUCAUGGAAGAUCCCACAUACCCAAUGUGUGACGGCCCACGAGAGAACUGCGAGGAGGCCUAUGCUUUGAGAAUCAUCAAUUCUACUGAUGUUUUCAUCUAUGGUGCUGGCCUGUACAGUUUCUUUGACAACUUCAAGCAGGGAUGUUUGAAAACCGAGUCUUGUCAACAGCGUUUGGUAGAAACCAGCUUCUCGGAGGGAGUCUGGAUCAUGAACCUGUUCACAAAAGGUGCUGUAGAGGUUGCAAGUCCCCUAGGUGGAAUUCCUCCUGUACUUUCGAACAACACUCAGGAACAGUACACUACUGAAGUAUCCGUCUGGACACCAUUGGGUGAUACUGGUGCAAACAUUGGCGGCUUCAUCCCCGGCAACGGCGACGGAGUCACGCAAGACGGCAAUGACACCUAUGUGUAUAUCGACCCUAGUGUUUGGGGCGAAGACACCCCUACCAUUCAGUGCGAACCACCUUGCACUUUUAUCCUUCCUCCUUAUCAGCUCUCUACCACGACGACAAUUUCGUUCCCACCAUUCACAACCUCAUUGGAUGUCGCAUGGGCCACCACACUGACUUUCAAGGGAUCAGAUGGCAAAACAACGACGACGAAGACUGUCACACGAACCAUUCAAAGAACAACCCUCAGUAUACCUGCUGUUACCACUACAGCCAUCCCAUUCUGGGAAGUUCCAUUCCCCAACCCGACUGCUAAGGACCCUAACGUGACGGUGGUCUACAUCACUCAAAGCAUACAGCCUACACCGUUCGUCAUCACAGAUGAUCCGAAUCCGCAAAACAAAACUGGAGUUUCCCAUCCUGUCAAUACGCGAACCAUCACUNCCACCACCAUACCCUUACUCUUUCAGUACUCCUACUCCCAGAACGACGCCGACUAA